CACCUCCACCUCACAUUCCCCUGUGCCACCAUCACUUACCCUUUUCUCGUCUCUCCUGAAAUCAAAAUCCAUUAUGCAAAUCCAUUUUCAUCAAUAUCAUCACCAUCUUCAUUCUCAUCAUCCAUGGCCCAUUUCUCAUCUAUGUAGAUUCUCAUCUCUCUACCUUCUUCUCAUUUUCUCCUCUUGAUUCCCUCAUUUUUCUUCUCCUUUUCAGACAUGACUCUUCCUUAUCGUUUCUCUUCGGUUAGAAACCACUCGCUACUACUUAAGACUUCUCAUCUCUACACACCAAGAUCAGCUCUUGGUUGUUUCUCUCCCAAGGAAUCUCCUUUCUUCAAGAAGAACACUGCCCAAUUCCUUUCUCCUCAGAAACACACUUCUCUUCCUCUGAAACUUGUCUGCCCUUUAGCUAGUUUCUCUUCUUAUGCGGAUUCUGAGGAAGAAGAGCAACACCAUGCUGAUCAACCGAUACAGAAUUCUCACGAAUCUUCAACCGUUUCGAGUGGAUCAGAUGGGAAAGGUAAUGCAGAAGCUACUGGCGACUUUUCUGGAAUGGCUCAAGCCUUUCACAUUUCGUCCACCACAGCGAGGGCAAUCUCCAUAGUCAUCGCCUUCUCUGCUCUCACCCUUCCAAUCUUCAUGAAGUCCCUGGGACAAGGACUGGCUCUCAAGACCAAGCUUCUCUCUUACGCCACACUACUCUUUGGUUUCUACAUGGCCUGGAACAUCGGAGCUAAUGAUGUCGCCAAUGCUAUGGGGACUUCUGUUGGAUCUGGAGCACUAACUAUAAGACAAGCUGUGAUGACGGCUGCAGUUCUUGAAUUCUCAGGUGCCCUUUUGAUGGGAACUCACGUGACGAGCACGAUGCAGAAAGGGAUUCUCAUGGCUAAUGUGUUCCAAGGGAAAGAUAUGUUGCUCUUUGCUGGUCUCCUCUCUUCCUUGGCUGCAGCUGGAACUUGGUUACAGGUGGCUUCUUACUAUGGAUGGCCAGUAUCGACCACUCACUGUAUCGUCGGAUCAAUGGUUGGGUUUGGGCUUGUUUACGGAGGAGCUGGUGCUGUUUUUUGGAGUUCUCUAGCUAAAGUAGCUUCAUCUUGGGUUAUCUCUCCUCUAUUGGGAGCUCUUGUCUCCUUUCUUGUCUACAAAUGCAUUAGGAGAUUUGUUUACAGUGCACCAAACCCGGGACAAGCAGCAGCUGCGGCUGCUCCGGUCGCUGUGUUCGUAGGUGUGGCCAGUAUCUCCUCAGCCGCAUUGCCUCUAAGUAAGAUCUUUCCAAUAGCUCUAUCACAAGCCUUAGCCUGUGGAGUAGCAGGAGCCAUUGUCUUCGACAGAAUCAUCCGCAAACAGCUCGGUCACCUUCUAGCUAAAACCAAAUCACCAGAAACAUCUCAAAACCAGCCCAAAACCAUUGGUUUCCUCUCCGAUAUCGCAGGACCAACAGGUACACAACUCGAAAUAGUCUACGGAAUCUUUGGCUAUAUGCAAGUCCUCUCCGCUUGCUUCAUGUCAUUCGCUCACGGAGGCAACGAUGUAUCCAACGCAAUCGGACCAUUAGCCGCCGCAUUAAGCAUCCUCCAAAACGGAGCAGCUGCAGGAGGAGCCGAAAUCGUUAUCCCCAUGGAUGUUCUCGCUUGGGGAGGAUUCGGAAUCGUUGCUGGUCUCACAAUGUGGGGAUACAGAGUCAUUGCAACGAUAGGGAAGAAAAUCACUGAGCUAACACCAACAAGAGGAUUCGCGGCGGAAUUCGCCGCCGCGUCGGUGGUUUUGUUUGCUUCGAAAUUAGGGCUUCCGAUUUCUGCGACUCAUACACUUGUUGGAGCUGUGAUGGGUGUUGGUUUCGCUAGAGGGCUUAAUAGUGUCAGAGCUGAGACUGUGAGAGAAAUUGUUGCUUCGUGGCUCGUCACCAUUCCCGUCGGAGCUACACUCUCCGUCAUCUACACUUGGAUUUUCACCAAGAUCUUAUCUUUUGUGUUGUGAGUUUCGUUUUUUUUGGUUUUGUGAUACGAAGAACAUGAAAUUGAUCUUCUUCUAUGUUCGUUUGAAUGAUUCGAAUUUGAAAAAACCAUAAAGUUAUGAUCUUUGGAUUCAAAUCUGAGUUUUUCACCCAUCGGUGAAGCUAUGAUCAAA